ACAUGACAUUGAAGUCGGUCGGUCGAUGCCAAGCUGGGUAGAGAAAGGCUAAAUAAUGGCAGCGAAAAAUAUUCAGUAAAUAUUUUUUUUUAUUUUUUGCAAGCUGCCAACCGCCAAUUUUGCUAAAACUGAACUUAAAAGCAUUUAUGGUGUAAGAUAGAAAAAAAACUACAAUAAGUGUCAAAACGAUCCAUUCUUCCACUUUUUAAAAUUUGGGUCAAAUUUUCAAGUUCGUCAGUAUCGUCCAAAAUUAUACUCAAGGAGUUUGUACCUAUUAGUACCGUGGAAAGUUUGUCCUUGGUAAUAAGAUGCGGCUGUUUCCUGUGCGAAUGUCCAGCAUUAACAAAAUGUUGGACUUUUACUCACAAUUCAACCCAUCACCUUUAAGCAUCAAACAAUUCAUCGACUUUGGUCUAAAUGCAUGCCCCACCAAAUCAUACGUCUUUUUGCGCAAGGAGCUACCGGUCCGGCUGGCCAACAUAAUGAAGGAAAUCACCCUUCUCCCGGAGAGCCUCCUGCGGAUGCCUUCGGUGGGUUUGGUCAGCGCAUGGUACGUGAAGAGCUUUGAAGAAGUGCUUGCAUUUGAAAAAACUGAACCAUCUGGUGAUAAUCUGGAAAAAUUCUGCCAGUCGCUGAUCAAAAUUCGCGAGCGACACUCGGAUGUUGUUCAAACCAUGGCACAAGGUAUUCUUGAGCUCAAAGAAUCGCGCAACGGACACAUCGAACCCAGUACCGAGUUGUCGAUGCAGUACUUCUUGGAUCGGUUGUACAUGUCUAGAAUUAGCAUUAGAAUGCUAAUCAAUCAGCACACUAUUCUCUUUGGAGAAAUACCACAAUCUGGAAGGCAUGUUGGAUGCAUUGACCCUCUCUGUGACCCACACAUGGUAGUACGAGACGCUUACGAAAAUGCACGGUUUAUGUGUGACCAGUACUAUUUAGCAAGUCCCGAAUUAGAAGUUAUAGAACACAAUGACCAGGAACACGGAAAACCAAUAAAAAUAGUGUAUGUUCCAUCGCAUCUGUAUCAUAUGUUAUUUGAGUUGUUUAAAAACUCAAUGCGAGCUGUUAUGGAGUAUCAUGGAGCUCAAGAUGAGAUACCCCCGCUUCAAGUAACAAUAGUCAAAGGCAAGGAAGACAUCUGUGUGAAAAUGUCGGAUCGCGGCGGUGGCAUUCCGAGAUCCCAGGUGGGGCAGUUAUUUAAAUAUAUGUAUAGCACUGCUCCUCAACCACCAAAAUCCAAGUCGGAUCUUCCGCUUGUUCCACUAGCUGGGUAUGGCUAUGGACUGCCGAUAUCGAGGUUGUAUGCACGUUACUUCCACGGAGAUUUGGCAUUAUUUUCAUGUGAAGGUUAUGGGUCCGAUGCUGUGAUUUACUUGAAAGCUCUUUCUGACGAAGCAAAUGAAUUGUUGCCAAUCUUCAAUAAAACAAGCUCUCGAUUCUAUAAGGCGACCGUGCCGACCGGAGACUGGUCCAACCAGGUAAAACCAAAGAAAGUGAAACCAAUCGUUAUUUAACGUGACAUGUGAAACCGUUAUUUUAAUUCUCCUAUGUUUUCUGACAUGACGCGCGCUUCUUAGCAUCAUUCACAAGUUCUAUUUUUCCAUGUUUUUUGAAUCACACUUCCCUUCCAAGCGCGUAUUCAUCCAAUCAAACUCAAGAAGAACAGUGUUGUUAGAUUUUCGUUUUCUGUUCGAGAUGCAUAUUUCUCUAUCUAGAGUCUAUAUCAGCUUAUGUUUAUAAUUAUUACCCUUUGCUAGCAAAUAUAAAUAUAUGAAUAUCAAAUAGUG